AGUAAUAUAUUUGUUAAAAAAACUAACUAAUAAAAUUACUAGCAACCAAAAUUCGUCCUAAUAGAUUGGUCCAUCAUGUAUUAUUAGUAUAGGGAAAGCAACUGGAAUGAAAAAUACAAGGAAUAUUGGAUUUAAUAUAUAAAAAAUUUGUGUUUCAUCUAUAUAAAUAAUUGGUAUCUGCAUUUUGAACCAACAAUGGCCGAAUCAAUUGCUUUCGACAUCGCCGCAGAGCUCAUUAUUAAGUUCAGCUCUCGUGCUCUCUCUCAAGUUGGGCUGUGGUGGAAUCUCAAACAUGACCUCAACGAUCUCAAACGCACUGUCCGUACAAUCAAAGCUGUGCUACUUGACGCAGAAGAGAAAUCGGUGACCGACAAUUUGGUCAAAGUUUGGCUUGAAGAGCUGAAAGAUGUACUUUAUGAUGCCGACGACUUGCUCGAUGAUUUCUCUACCGAAGCUUUGCGGAAAGAUUUAUUGGGUGGGAACAAGCUGACAAAAGAGCUGGAGAUUGUGAAUUGUACUGAGCUGGAGUACAUGGAUGAUAAUAGCCCAAAAGGAAGUCAAGGAGAACCAGAAUCAUUCUUCCGAUCGCUCAAGCAUCUUAAAGUCGAGAGUUGCCCGAAUAUGAAGAGUUGGUGGAGGACGACAAAACCAAUCGAUGAUGAUUCCAACGAGGACGAUACAACAGUUAUGGGAACAUCAACCGUGGCAUUUCCUAGUCUUUCCCCUUUAGAAAUUAAAGAUUGCCCUUUGACUUCAAUGCCGUUGUAUCCUUCACUCGAUGGAAGGCUAGAGUUGGUGAAUACCAGUUUAAGGCCCUUAAAGCAGACUAUGAAGAUGAACAUGAAUGCUAAGACCCCAUCAAGUUCAACCUCUUCUCUUCCUCUCUCCAAAUUAAAAUUUUUCCUUGUAGACAACAUUGAGGGAUUGGACACUCACACGCUAGAUGAGUGCCUGCAACAUCUCACCGGCCUCGAAGGUUUAGAAAUAAGGGAUUGCAAGAACGUUGAUUUUGAGGGCAUGCAAUGGGAACAUCUAAUAAAUCUGCCAACGCUUUCUCUCGCUACUUUUCCCAAUUUAACAUCGCUUCCGGAGUGGAUUCAACAUCUAAUAAAUCUGCAAAGGCUUUCUCUCGUUGACUUUCCCAAUUUAACAUCGCUUCCGGAUGAGAUGCAUUGCCUAACCAAUUUGCAACGGUUAAAUAUACGUGAAGUUCCUCAGUUGGACAUUGAUGCGGAUUGGUAUAAGAUUGCUCACAUUCCUUCAGUAACCCAUUUUGAUGGUCCUGGAUUUUUCUGAAAGGCGUUUGACAAGUUUAAGAAAUUAGAUGCAGAAAAAGAGCAUGUGUUCAAUGGAAGAGCCAAAAAACAGGACAUGCAUUCUUCAUCAGCUUCCGGAGUGGAUUCAAUGGAUGAGAUGCAUUGCCUAAACAAUUUGCAAGAGUUAAUGCAUAGAGUUCCUCAGUUGAAGGAAAGGUGUGAGGAGGACAUUGGUGCCGAUUGGUAUAAGAUUGCUCACAACCCGAACAGUACAUUCUAAUCAGUAAGACAUUGGAGAAAGGCAUUUGUCAACUUCAAUAAUUUAUAUGCAUAAAAAGAGGAGGCUCUUGGAGGCGUUCAAAUUCACAAUAUUCAUUGAUGCAGGGCACCCUUUUGGUUCAUUGUUGCUUCUGGAAUAGUCCUUGUUCAAGCAUGACAAUUUCACUUUACACAAACCUUAUGAAGAGCUUGACCGAUCUUGGAGCUUAUAUAUAGAUGAUUUAUUUUAUGGGUAAUGUGUAAAUUUAAAGAAGCACUCAUGUUCAUAGUAGGAACUAUUAUUGAGUGCCAUUGUGUGCACCAUCUAACUGUCGAGUGUUGAUUUUCACUUGCAUAGCUAAAAUGAGUCGGGAAAGAGUUUACUUAAUUGUACAAGGGUGAGGUUGCAUCAAGUGUUCGAGGGGUUAGGCUUAAAUCACUUCUUUGUACUAUGAAGUUCAUAACGUAUUCAUCUCUGGGCAAGGCCCCGCAGAUGUAAGACAAGUUUCGAACUGCGUAAA